AUGAGUGUCGUCGGUGUCGAUUUCGGAACCCUCAAGACGGUCAUCGCCGUCGCCAGAAAUCGCGGUGUCGAUGUGAUUUCCAACGAGGUCUCCAACCGCGCCACGCCGUCUGUCGUUGGAUUCGGUCCCAAGUCGCGAUACCUCGGCGAGAGCGCCAAGACGCAAGAAAUCUCCAACCUCAAGAACACCGUCGGUUCCAUCAAGCGUCUGGCCGGCCGCACCUUCACCGACCCCGAUGCUCAGCUCGAGCAGCAGUACAUUACCGCUCCCCUCGUCGAUGUGAACGGCCAAGUCGGUGUCGAGGUUUCGUACCUUGGCAAGAAGGAGAAGUUCUCCAACACCCAGCUGAUCUCCAUGUACCUCAGCAAGAUUAAGCAAACAACACAGGCUGAGCUGAAGCUUCCUGUCUCCGACUUGGUUAUGAGUGUUCCCGCUUGGUUCACCGACAUCCAGCGCCGCGCCAUCAUCGAUGCCGCCGAGAUCGCUGGCCUGAAGCUCCUCCGCCUCAUGAACGACACUACUGCUGCCGCUCUCGGCUGGGGUAUCACCAAACUCGAUCUCCCCGCCCCCGAGGAGAAACCCCGCCGUGUUGCCUUUAUCGACAUCGGUCACAGCAACUACACCUGCUCUGUUGUUGAGUUCAAGAAGGGCGAGCUGGCCGUCAAGGGUACCGCCUUCGACCGUCACUUUGGUGGUCGUGACUUUGACAAAGCCCUCGUCGAGCACUUGGGCAAGGAGUUCAACGGCAAGUACAAGAUUGACAUCCACUCCAAUGGCCGCGCUAUGGCCCGCACCAUCGCUGCCGCCGAAAAGUGCAAGAAGAUUUUGUCCGCCAACCAGCAGGCCCCUGUCAACAUCGAGUCCAUCAUGAACGACGUCGAUGUUUCUGCCAUGAUCACACGCCAGGAGUUCGAGGCCCUCGUCGAGCCCUUGCUGCAGCGUGUCCACGUCCCUCUCGAGCAGGCUCUUGCCGAGGCCAAGGUGACCAAGGAUGACAUCGAUGUUAUUGAGGUCAUUGGUGGUGGUAGCCGUGUUCCCGCCCUCAAGGAGCGCAUCCAGUCUUUCUUCGGAAAGACCCUGUCUUUCACCCUGAACCAGGACGAGGCCGUUGCCCGUGGCGCUGCCUUCAGCUGCGCCAUUCUGUCCCCCGUCUUCCGUGUUCGCGACUUUACUGUCCAGGACAUCAUGAGCUACCCCAUCGAAUUCGCCUGGGAGAAGGCUCCCGAUAUUCCCGACGAGGACACCAGCCUGACUGUCUUCAACCGCGGUAAUGUUCUGCCGUCCACCAAGAUUCUUACCUUCUACCGCAAGCAGCCCUUUGACCUUGAGGCCCGCUACGCUAAGCCUCAAGAUCUCCCCGGAAAGAUUAACCCGUGGAUUGGUCGCUUCUCUGUCAAGGGUGUUAAGGCCGAUGGCAAGGAUGACUUCAUGAUCUGCAAGCUGAAGGCUCGCGUUAACAUCCACGGCGUUCUCAACGUCGAGAGCGGCUACUACGUCGAGGACCAGGAGGUUGAAGAGGAGGUCAAGGAAGAAGACAAGGAUGGCGAGAAGAAGGACCCUGAUGUGAGUGUUGCGGCGUCUCGUCCCGAAGUUUUGUCGUCUGCCAACGUGAUUGAUAGCUUGGAGUCGCCGCUCAAGCGACGGCGCUACGCUAUCAACACGGAGUUGCGUUCUUUUGCGCCCCAAUCUUCCGCGUUCGUCGAGGAUGAAGAGAUCUCAAAGCUGACAAUACUUUUACCUCAAAAGGCCAUGGAGACUGACAACAAGGAGGACGCUCCUAAGAAGACUCGCAAGGUCAAGAAGCAAGUCCGCAAGGGCGAUCUUCCCAUUGUCAGUGGCACAGCUUCCCUAUCCGACUCAGCAAGAACCGCUCUCUUGGAGAAGGAAUCUGCCAUGGUUAUGGAGGACAAGCUUGUCGCCGAUACCGAGGAGAAGAAGAACGAGCUCGAGACCUUUAUCUACGACCUUCGCAACAAGCUCGACGACCAGUAUUCCGAGUUCGCCAGCGACGAGGAGAAGACCAAGAUCAAGGAGAAGCUCGAGGCGACCGAGGACUGGCUUUACGAUGAGGGCGAGGACGCCACCAAGGCUGUCUACGUUGCCAAGAUUGAUGAGAUCCGCGCCAUGGCCGGACCUAUCGUCCAGCGCCACUUUGAGAAGGUCGAGGAGGAGCGCCGUAUCGUUCAGGAGAGAGUGGAGGCGGAGAAAGCUGCCAAGCGCGCCGAGGAGGAGGCUCGCAAAGCUGCCGAAGCUGAGAAGGCUCCUCCGGCUCCUAAGGAUGAGGAGAUGACCGAUGCCGACGGCGUAAAGGCCGACGCGGAGGCCGAGGGCACGAAAUAG